GUCCCUAGCUCAAGUGCCAAAUUACACCAAAUUACACGUUGAGUCAUUAUUUUCAAAAAUUAAUUCGGACCAUACUUAUAUUGUAUUUUCUUCACUCCCGGAGUCCCUAAUAUGCAUAAAAUGACUAUUUUACCCUUUUAUUUCAUUUUGAUAUAAGUUCUUCUUCUAUUCCACCUGCGCACCAUCAUCCUCAACCCCUCGUUCUCCCUCUCCCUCUCUAUCUUCCUUUCUCUUUCUACACAUCUGUUGAAGGACGGAAAACUUGAAGACUAGAAUCGUCACCGGAAAACUGGAACAAUCACCGAAAAUAUGUUGAAGAACGCCUCAUUCGCCUUUCUCUUUAUGUCCAGAAAUCCAAGCCCCAACCCCGCUGGUGAUGAAGCACCUCAUCCUCUUGAGCAAAUUUAUCUCAAUAGAUGAUUUGAUUUAUGAGUUUCAUCUGAUUCGAUUUACAUCGGACGACCACCAUAUCAUCUAUCUCCCUCUCUCUUCACCACUGAUAGUGGUCUUGUGGUUCUGACUUCUAGAUUUCAACUAUACUACCAUGAUUCCCGUCGGAGAUGGAGGUCAAUGGCUGGCCGGAGAGUGGAGGUCUCUAGAUGCAUCUCCUCCUUCACUUCGGAAAAAUGAGAUUCACAGUCACCGGCGACAAAGAGGACAGCACAGGCUUCUAUCUCUGUUCCUCUUUUCUGAUUUGAAAGUUAUGGAUGUGGAAGAAGUAACAGAGAAGGGAAAGAGACACAAGGGGAAGCAUGACAAGCCAAAGCCAUGGGAUGAUGAGACUGUUGAUCACUGGAAGGUGGAAAAGUUUGACCCUUCUUGGAAUGAAGGCGGUUUACUUGAAGUCAGCUCUUUCUCUACUCUCUUCCCUCAAUACAGAGAGAAGUAUUUGCAGGAAGCUUGGCCUAUCGUGAAAGGUGCACUGAAAGAACAUGGGAUUUCAUGUGAGCUGGAUUUGGUGAAAGGGUCGAUGACUGUUUCCACAACUAGAAAGACAAGGGAUCCAUAUAUCAUAGUGAAAUCUAGGGAUCUGAUUAAACUCUUGUCACGAAGUGUCCCUGCACCUCAGGCCAUUAAGGUUUUAAAUGAUGAAAUGCAAUGUGACAUCAUCAAGAUUGGAGGUUUAGUCCGAAAUAAGGAAAAAGUUGUGAAACGAAGGCAGCGGCUGGUUGGGCCCAAUUCGUCCACUCUGAAGGCACUGGAGAUUUUGACAGGCUGCUAUAUUCUUGUUCAGGGAAACUCGGUGGCUUCAAUGGGUUCAUUUAAAGGAUUGAAACAAGUAAGGAGGAUAGUAGAAGAAUGCAUGUUAAAUAAAAUGCAUCCCUUGUACAACAUCAAAGUGCUGAUGAUGAGGAGAGAUCUUGCAAGCAAUCCAGAACUUGCAAAUGAGAAUUGGGAUAGGUUUCUUCCCAAGUUCAAAAAGAAAAAUGUGAAACAAAAGAAGGUUAAGAGUAAAGAGAAGAAAGAAUAUACACCUUUCCCACCACCCCCACAGCCAAGCAAGAUUGACAUGCAACUAGACAGCGGUGAAUACUUUUUAAGUGACAAAAAGAAGUCUGCAAAGAAAUGGCAAGAAAGACAGGAAAAACAGGCUGAAAAAAUUGCUGAAAACAAGAGGAAGCGGGAAGAAGCAUUUAAGCCUCCAGAGGAAGCCCGAAAACAAGAGGAUGAUAAAAUUAAAAAUGACAAGGAAGACAUUGCUGCAAUUACUACAUCCUUGAAGAAAAAAGCCAAGGAGUUGGGAAAUCGAAAAUCAGCUGAUAGCAUCGAUGAUGCAGAGAUGUAUAUUGCAGCAUCUAAGAAAAAAUCCAAGAGCAACAAGUAGUGUCGGUUUAUUUAAUGUUUUUCAUCUUCCAUCAACUCAACUUAACUUUAUUGGACAUCACAACUUUUGGAGGUGAUAGAUUGUAUUUUUCUGUCUAAGAUUGAUUAAUAACUUUAUGAUCGUUUAUUAGAUAGUGACCAAAAGUCUUGAAUUUCGACAUGGUAACUG